AUGGACAGACCUUCGGGUCCUCUGGGCGCCGCUACCCAGUCCACGGGUAGAGGCCUGCUCGAGAACCCAACCCAGCCCGUCACGAUACGCCGACCCGUCGGUGCUCCGCCGAAUUCGAUGUCAUCAUCUUCUUUAAAUGGCUCAGUACCUCCCGUACCUCCUCUGCCCAAGAUUCGAAAGGUUCCAUCGAACUCGGCCUUGUCUGGCCCCGUCGUUACUACUGCGCCAACCCCGGCCGCCAAAGUCAUUGCGCUUGCGAGGGAGGCAAUGCAGAAUGCCCUUCAGGAGAACGAGGCUCAAGCCCAGCGGGCGGAGGGUGGUGCCGCGAACACAGAACUGAAGCCCGGAGUGACGAUUAAUUUAAGUCACAAGGGCAUUCGAGAGCUGCCGGAAGAGGUGGUUGAUGUGAUCAAGAACGAGCUAGAACGACUUGCGUUGUCUCAUAACCAGCUCACUUCGUUCCCUGCGAGAUUUUCAGAGUGCAACUCCCUACGAUACCUUAACGUCAGAAACAACCAAAUCAAAGACUUCCCAUUGCCUCUGUGCGACUUGAAAUCGCUCGAGAUCCUCGACCUUGGCCGGAAUAAACUUCGAAUUCUACCACCCGAGCUUAUAAAGUUGACAUCGCUCAAAGUCCUCUCAGUCCAGAGAAAUCGUAUCCAGGAGCUACCCCUGUUCCUUGCGGACAUGGCGUCGUUGCAUAUCCUGAAGCUUGAUGGAAACGACAUCACCUUCCCGCCGCCUGAAGUAUUCCAGGUACCCAUCGCGAGCCCGCCGAACGAGGGCGUCCUCCGUGAGAGUGAAAUGGCCGAGCUCGCCGUCACUGCCCAAAUCAAGAAAUAUCUUCGACAGCGGACAUUGAACGGUCGAGCCGAAUCCGAUGUGGGCGGAGACGAAUCGAGCGAGGGUACCGAAACGCCUCGACUGCCCAUCAAGCGUGUUGCUAGCGGUAGAUUCCCCGUCAAGGUCAACGGUUCUGAAAUGCCUGACCUGCGAUCCCCCGCGACUGCGCGACCUCCUCCCAUCCCUACUCGAUCACACUACCGAGGGUUGUCCCAGCAGAGUACCACGAUGCGCCGGACGAACGUCAUGCCUUUGACCAUUGGGAGCGUGAAUGAGCGCGUACGCAGUAAUUCCGAGACUGGUGUGCAGCAACCUCGCCAGGAGCGCCCAGAAAGCCGGUCGCGCCGCAUGGGGGGUGUCUUGUCGAAGAAAGGAUCGGAUCUUGGGACGUUAGACGAGAUGCAGGUGAAUAACCGCUUCAGUCACUAUCGCGGCCUAAGCCAUGGCUCUGCUAUGCAAGGGCCCGGGGUGAACAUGGCCGACAAGAGCCCCGCGAGUCCGGCAGAACCGUACAUGCAACGGCCGAUCUACGUUCGACGGCUGUCCAUCUUGCCAGAGAGGAGGCGAGAGUCUAAGAUAUACGACCCCAUGAUCGAAACAGCCAAGGGAAUACUCUAUUCCGUGUUCCAAAUCCACCCGAUGAUUCAAAUGCUUAUGAGCCUGACGAACGACGGUUCGGCUAAGCGCUCGAGCCUUGAGCUCGUUUUUUACAACACGAACUCACACGUCGAAGAGCUCGAGCAAGCUAUUCAGAAGCACGAUCCGCUUAACGGGGAAGAUGAGUCUUCUGUUCACCACGACAACGAGAACGUCCACCGUGCCUGUCAGACCUUGGUGAGCGCCUACACGCACGUGUGCACUCUCCUAGCUGGCAACAUUGACACAUUUGUUGACAACGGUGAUCCCCGAUACAUCCGAACUCUACUCCUGCUGCUCUAUAAUAGUAUCAUGGAGCUGAGGGUCACCAUGUCGGCCCUUACGGGAGAAAAUGGAGGGUUCUACGGACAGCUGCCCAACGCGCAAUCGGGCAUGGGAGGCGACACGAUCCGGCCCCACUCGCGUGAACCCUCGACGAAUCCGAUGAUGGCUGACCGCCCCGGACCACCUGGCCCGCGACCGCGCAAUGGCGGCUUUGUGCCGAAUCCCAGCAACCUUCGAGUGGCCACCGAUGUGGCCAUGCCGUAUACUAACGGAGCAGCACGACCGACAGCACCGCUGGAAUCUGCCACUCCACGAUCGGGGGAGUCAUUCGCCUCGGGGAGCAGCGCAUCUGCCGGUCGGAAUAUGGAAGACUUUACGGAUGAGGAUAGGCUGUUCGAAAAGAUUUUCCUCUCUCUGCAGCGAUCUUCUGAGCUCGUGAUGAGGUCGCUACCGGGACUCAUCGCGCAACUUACUGGUGGACUCCGAAACGCCAUUACGCAGAGGGAGCGGAACGGCAUCUCGGACGAGGUGAUUCGGGCUUGGAAACUGAUGGUAGCUAAGGCCACGACCGCAGUUCACCAGACCGAAACACUCAAGACUCGCAUGUCCCUCAUCAAACUGAAGGAGCCGGGCAUUAGGACGCAGACGGCCUUCUGGAACGUGUGCAGCAACUUUUUGAGGUCGUGGAGCGAUUUCGGCGCGGCCAUGAAGUACGCGGUCGGCCAGUACAACCUCCCCAUCGGCUCGGACGCGCGCGCACGCCUGCGACCCAUCCACCAGGCCAUCAAGGAAACUACCGAAGCCAUUCGCCGCUCUCCGUGGGCCUACAUCCUGCGAGAAUCCACCGUGGGACCCUUGGCCAUGAAUCCGCUCUCGCCGCAGGCCGAGCCCGGCCAGCACAACAACAUGCAGAUGCAGAUGCAGAUGCCCAUGACGCCGCAGAGCGCGGCCCUUGGCCCCGCAGUGCAAGCCACGGUCCCGUCCACCCCCCAGAGCGCGUCGUUCUCAUCGGCGUUCUCGGGAAACGUGUUCGAGAGGGCCGACGCGCUCAUCUCGUACGGUGGGCUGUCGAUCCCAUCGCGGGCCGGCACGAUCACCAGCAAUAGCAGCUUUGGUGGCACCACGUUAGGAUCGAACUCGAUGCAUUUCCACGAUGGGUCGAUGACGCCCGCGACGAUUGUUAGUCCGGGUUCGAGCGUUUCGUCGUCGCGGUUGAAUGGGGGACGGGUGGCGUUUUAG